AUAGACAGUAGUGUGAUAGUGGAGGGCCGGCGGCGGCGGCGCGGCGAGGGCGCGCGGGCUCACUCGCUGCCGGCGACUAGCAAGAGCGGCUGUGCGUCGCGGACAAUAUUUUUUUUAAUACUAACAUAUCACUACCCUCACAGAAAACAAAAAAAAAACAUAAGAAAGAAAAAUAUUAAAAUCGUUAUUUUAAAAACAGAUAUUUUACAAGCGCAAUGAAAUAAUAAUUUUGGUUAAACUUUUUCUGUAAGCUAACAAUCGAAGAGCACGACUUAUGCGGGUGACAAUAAUUAUUAUUUAUCAGUGUAUCGGAUUAAAGUAAACGUUGCAUUAAGUGGAGCACAGUGCUGGACCUGCAAAGUGGACUUAAUAGUGAUUGUACUUGAUGUCGUCUCCAGGAUUUGAGAUGUCUCUGGAGCCUCCCAUUCCAGCUGUGAUGAUGAAGAAGACGGGUAUGAACGGCGAGGGCGGCCCCCCGUGCGGGCUGACGUCGCUGCUGCCCAUGUCCUGCCGGGGCCGCGCCGCCGCCUUCGCGCGCGACCUGCACAGCCGCCUGCGCUCGCUCGGCGCGCAGGACGGGGGCUGGCCCGACGCCGCCGCGCCCCCGCCGUCCCGCGACCACGACACCUUCUACGACUUCGAGCUCGAGUGCGAGAGCCCCUCCAGCCCCGUCGACGAGCUCGACGCGCCCUUCGCGCCCGCCGAGGAACCGCCCUUCUACGACUUCGAUCAAGAGGAGAAGUUGAAGAAUCUGGCCAAGCUGAAGCUGCAGCAGCCUCCGCCUGCAAGGAGCAAUGGCUUCACGUUCUCCACCGCCUUCUUCACCGACAGCUCGCCCGUGCAGCUGCAGCCGGCGGGCCGCGCCGACAAGCUGCUGUACUCGCCCAUCACCUUCGACGGCUGCGCGCGGCACGACGGCCACGACCAGCCCCCGUCCCCCGCGCCCCCCGCGCUGCCCGAGCCCCUCGCCCCGCGACUUCAACCCCUCACGCUCACCACCAACGGCGACAGCGACUCGGAGUUCGAAUCCGCCAAGAGUGAUCCGUCCGAAGCCGGUGACGACACCUUUGAAUACGAACAUAAAAAAGACACUGAAUUACCCGAAGUGCUAGACGCAUUGUCAAUAUGUGAAACAGAAAUGCCCAUUGAGGAAGUCGUACCACAAACGAUAGAAAUGAACGAAAUAAUCAUAGAAACCAGCAAAACAGAAGAAAUUUUACCGCUAGAAUUAAUCACCGAAUCAUCGCCUGAAAAGGAAUUGUCACCAGAACUAGAAAUAGAUACGACCCUACUAACAACAGAAACGAAAGAUGAUGAGAAACAAGUCGAAGAUAAUGAAGAUGACAAGCCACAAAGGGUCCGCCGCUGCUCGUCUCUGAAAACCGGUAAGACGCCACCCGGCACGCCCGGACGGAAGAAAAUUGUCCGUUUCGCCGACGUACUAGGACUAGACCUAGCAGAUGUGAAAACUUUUAUGGAUGAAAUUCCAGUAAUUCCUAAAUCGGCUUACGAUGAUCUCAGCGGCUGCGACGUGGCGAACUCGCCGCCGGUGCGCGCGCCGCCGCGACUGGGCGCGCUCACGCUCGUGCCGCUGUUCCAGGUGCCGCGCGACAUCACGGAGAAGCUCACCCGGCUCAGCGUGUGCCUCGAGAGCGCGCGCGUGGGCGAGGGCAUCCACAUGAACAUCUGCGGCUCCGUGCGCGUGCGCAACCUCGACUUCCACAAGACCGUGCACGUGCGCUACUCCAUGAACCGCUGGAAGACGCACACGGACCUGCAGGCCACGUACGUGCCGGGCUCGUGCGACGGCUUCUCCGACCGCUUCCACUUCGUGCUGUACGCGCCGUGCCUGGCGUCCGGCCAGCGCCUCGAGGUGGCCGUGCGCUUCCAGUGCAAGGGGCAGCAGUUCUGGGACAACAACAGCGGCGCCAACUACUGCUUCGACUGCCUGGCGCUGGGCGCGCUCACCAGCACCACCGCCGCCGCCCCGCUGCACCCCACCGUGGACUGGCACCCCUCGUUCUACUGACGCGGUGAGAGCGGAACCAGCGGCGCGCGACCGGCCGCAGACAGAGAGUCUUCCAGGAGCAGAGGCUAGCCAGGCGGGCGCGGGGGCGGGCGGGGGCGGCGGGCCGACCUAGUCCAGUAGUCACGCCGGCCCGCUCGGCGCCCCGAGGUGAUCGAGUGAGGCGUCCAGGUACUCAGCGUUUCUAUGUGAUAUAAAUUAGACUAGUUUGUAGAUAUUGUAAUGAACCCACGAGUGUGCGACUCGUCCCGAGUGCCAUGGCGAUAGCGACUGUCUCUUAUAUCGCAACUAUUGUCUAGUAUCUUGUCUAUUAGGGUAGCGUCCAAGAACAAUGAAAUUGUUUGGUGUAGUGCCUGAGCCAGCGCGCUAGGAGUGCCCGAGCCUGCGAGCUACGGUUAUUGUACUUGUAAAUAGUCUGAGAGAUGAGUUUGAUGAAUGAUAUUAAUAUUUUAAUAGGAUUUUUUACACAACAGUAGCCUUACGAUAUACUCACGCCAGUCAUGUCGAGAUUUAAAAAUGCGAAGCAUCACAUAAGUAGUUAAGAGUUAUCGAAAUGUAUGUAUUGAUAAUCAUUGUAUUGUAGAGACAUUUUAUAUUUGUGGUGACAUUAUAUUUCACUCUUUGUUAGAUUUUAUAAUGAUGUUCCUUGAUACUAUUAUUUAAUAAGAAUAUUAUAAUCCAGUUAACUAUUAAAUUUUAAUACAUUUUAGACGUCUGUUAUCUAUAAUAUUUAUACCUGCCUAUUUCUAUUUUUGUACAGCUAAAAUGGAAUCAUAUUUUAUUAGUUGAAAAGAACUGAUAUUCUAAUUAUUGUUCGUCUAAUUUAUUGAGAAUUACCCACUGUUUUUUAUUAUAAAAUUAUAUACCUUCCUAAAUGUAAUGCGAAUGAAUUCAAUUAAAUUAAUUAUAGUUAUCGUAUCAUUAGCAAUAUUGAAUGUAUAUCACCAAGUUUAUUGUAUAAGUACCUGAAGUCUGAAAAUAUUGUGGCCAUAUUAUUUAAUAACGAAAACAACGAAACAUAAUUUUUGUGUCAUCGUAAGAUUUUAUUAAUUGACAGCUAUUUUAGUAAUAACACGUCAUAACAUAAUAAAUGAAUAAAUUAUGAGCAUAAUAAAUUAAA